GAAUGGCGGCUCAAAUUCCAAUUGUGGCCACCACUUCCACCCCGGGGAUAGCCCGGAACAGCAAGAAGAGGCCGGCCAGUCCUUUCCACAACGGCAGCAGCGCCGGGGGUUAUACCGCCAGUAAGAAGAAAAAGGUGACCGCCUCUGGCUUUGCGCAGGGUAUCAGCGUGGAAGGCGUGAGUGAGAAUAAAAUGGUGCCCUCUGAUUUUAGCACAGGACCUCUUGAAAAAGCUGCCAAACCUUUGCCAUUUAAGGAUCCCAACUUUGUGCACUCUGGCCAUGGUGGUGCAGCGGCUGGCAAGAAGAAUAGAACCUGGAAGAACCUGAAACAGAUUCUGGCUUCUGAAAGGGCACUGCCAUGGCAACUGAACGAUCCUAACUACUUCAGUAUUGAUGCUCCUCCAUCCUUUAAACCAGCUAAGAAGUAUUCUGAUGUUUCAGGUCUUCUUGCCAGCUACACUGACCCCCAGAGCAAGCUGCGCUUCAGCACCAUCGAAGAGUUUUCCUACAUUCGGCGGCUGCCGUCCGACGUGGUCACAGGCUAUCUGGCCCUGAGGAAGGCCACGAGCAUCGUUCCCUGAGCCCGGAGAAACGGAGCAUGAAGUGGAAAACUGUUUCAAAGGCAGGCUUUGGACUCAAGAUUUUGUUUUAUGGAAACAAACUCAUUCUGUCAAUCUGGAAAUGUCAGUGUUGGGCCUUGGAAAGAAUGUUUGGCUUUAAUUUAAGGAGGUUUUUUUGUUUGCCCUCCAAGUGUGAUAUUUCCUGUUGAAUUAAAUUAUACUUCAGUUGUUGCCCCAAGUAAAGUUGUUUGACAA